AACGCCCCUUAUCGCGGCGUCGUUGAUAUCUACACAUACUUCUAGAUAGGUACACGCGAUGGAUGAGCGGUCCAUAAGAGUCCGUUGGAGCUCCGUAUUAUGCGCGCCUCUACUAUAGUCUGCAACAAAAUACCUACUUCGUAAUGAUGGAAGGCGACGGUCCAUAUCCCCUCGACCAUUCGAGUGAAACCGAUGGUGGUGCGCCGGUCUUCGAUGUGCCCGAGAGGAGGAUAGUGGCUAUAGAACACCCGUGUGUCUUGCGCAAUCUCGAUAGGGGGCUCGCUUCGUUUGGACAGGAGCCCGACUUUCACAAGCUUCUUAUAGACACGCCAGAGCCGAGUUCGAUUCCUCUAUGGUUCCGGCCUGAAAACCCGACGUCAAAGCCUAUCGUGUCGCAUCAUGCCGCGACCAACAACAUCCUGCUCAAAAUAACCGUCCCUAAGAGGACGGGCAGGAAGCGGAAGAGGGGAAGCAACGAGCCGUUUACCGGCGAUGUCGACGGCGUCGAUGCCAGUUCCUUCGGCUCCGAAGUCACUCAAGUCAGCUCCGUAGGCCGACGCGACACGCCAAGGUCUAUCCUCCGCAAGAUGCGGGACAAUAUCGACGAUUACCAGACUGAAGUCGUCGGGGUGGUCCGAGAUAGUCACAGAUAUCGGGGUCUCGCGGAUUUCCAAUUCGCCAACUCGAGCUCUUCUUUCUUAACGAAAACCGCGGAGCACUUGCUUCCCAUGCAAGUUCCCAAAUUGAGGCAAUUCCGGUUUUCCCCUGGCGUGGCGACGGGCCCGGGCCAGGAAAUCAUACCCCCGCCUCAUUUCACCGACAAAGUCAUCGGGUUCAAUUACAACUACGAACAGAACCCGAACGUGAGGAUCGGCGGCCUCGAUGAGGUGGGGCAGCCAAAGCUCACGAAUGUCCAGGGGAGGAAAAAACACUCGUACGGUUACUUCAUCAACCACAACACGUUCCCCGUGCCCCAGAAACCUCGGCGCCAGCCAGAUGCCACCUACCGGAUACCGGACGACCUGCUAGGCCAACUUCGCGCUUUGAUGGAAGAAAGGCCGGUGUGGACACGUCGCGCCAUUCUCAAUCGCGUAACAGGCAACUAUACCGAUUCGCUUCUUAGAAUCGCGCUCCAGCUUGUCGGAUACCAAUUCAGGGGUGGACCGUGGCGCGACGCUUUCGUAAAGUACGGCGUCGACCCCCGAACGGAUCCUAAGUUUCGAAUCUACCAGACCCUAGCCUUCAAAUUGGAGAAGAACAUCGUAGGAACAAACAAAGUGCCGUGGGAAAUUAUCAGGAAGGACCAGUUCAAGAAGCGUUUGGCGGACAAUCGCGAUAGCCACAUCUGGGACGGCGAACGCUUUUCUACGGACGGGAAGUUCUGGCAGGUCUGCGAUAUUACGGAUUCGUUUGUGCGAAAUAUCAUCGACCACGCGCCUCUUCGGGGCGAGUGCGACCUAGCGGACUCCGGGUGGUAUUACCGCGGCAUGUGGACCAAGGUCAAGAUGGUCAUGAAGGUGAAGAUGGUAGCCAUCAAGCGGGGAAGGAUGGGCUCGGACGAGGACGACCCCCAGAAGCCGGGGUUCAUCUACAACUCAUUCCUCAAUUCUAGAAUCGGGCUAUGGCCCGAUACGACAGACAAGCCCAUCGGCCUAACCAUCGACCCGUUCCUCCGGCCGAUAAAAGACCCGGACGGAAGACGACGCAGGCGCGCGCCCAAUAUCAAGCUGAAGCCGGACUCAGCCGAAGCGGAUGCCCGCUCGAGCCCGGUCGGCGAAGAUUUGGACAACUGGGACUCGGACGGGAUGUUCAACGGAGAGGGCGGGCUAGGCGGUCAAGACGAGGGUGUCUUGGCGGAAGAGAGCGGUUGGUACGAGGCUAUUUCCGACGACGAUGCGGGCGAGGACACGGACGAGUAUUACAGCCAGGGGAGCGACGGGAGAGACUACGGGGAAGAGGACGAAGACGAACGCGAGCAAGGCGAUUACGAUUCUGCGAUGGAAGACAACCCGGCGCGAUAGGCGGGCGAGUUAGCCGAGCCGGACUGCCAAGAAGAGAGAGAAAAAGGAGGGGAGGCAAGACGAAGCGAAGAGGCGUAGAGGUGUGUAGUCCCCACAUACGACGCCCUCUCUCCGUUCUACGCGCCUGCUUGGCGCCCUCGUGAUUGUUGGCGCACCGGUGAGCGACGAGUAGGUACCUAAGGCGUAUACAUUCCAUUAUCCAUCCGUAAGCAUGUUCUACCUACCUAAGGUACCUCCACGCACACGUAGGUACAAAUGCGCAUGGGAUUUGGGUUAUUGGGUACCUUAGGUAGAGGUGCCUCUAGUGCAUCGGCCAGGUACCUGGCCUCGUUAGGAGGUACCUCCUGGUAGGGCCGUGUUGGGAGGUUUGUGGGGUUGAACCUGAACCUGAUCGCUUGGCGGCCGUAAGCCUCGGCAAGUCCUCACAAAGGCCGGGGAACUUGA